CUGUGAGGAGUUUUGAAGUCAGCCCAUAACAAUCAAUUUUGCUGGUAUGUUGUUGUUUGUCGCCUGUGUUCAUGAGGGAUAUUGGUCUGCAGUGUUCUUUUCCUCCACUGCCUUUGGCUUUUUAUCUGAAUUAAAGCUUAGUGAUCCUUAAUGGCUUUGUAAAGCCGAAUGGACCUCGGCUUUUCUACGUGAGAUGAGUUUGCACAUAGUAUUCCUGAAGUGUUCCUAAUUCAGUUACAAGUUCAACUUCUGUAGUUACUAUACAGCCAUUCAAAUUUUUAAAAACUCUUUUCCUGUUAUUUAUGUCUAGACAAAUGCUGAUUCAAGGGACAAAUGCCUAGUUAUUGCCAUCUAUCAGAGCUGGUGACCUAAUGCUGGGUUCACAAAAUAUGACUAUUCCAAUAACUUAAGAAAAUGGCAUAGAAAGCACAGAAACAGAAGAAGUACACUUUCAAAAUCUGGGAUGGCUCUGUGACCACAGGGCUCUGUGGAAAGAGACAGAACCACUGGAAUUCUUUAUUCUUACACAGGGGACGCACAGGGGGAGGUUCCAUGGAAUAUUCCUUCUAUCCCAAAAAGGCCAAAGGAGUAGGAUUACAAAGCAACAGGGUUGUUGGGAGCCGCUCUGGAAACAUGCCCUGAAGUCCUGAGCAAGAGAAACUGAACACUUUUUGCCGCCCACAGUAACUUGGGCUCUGCCUCAGCUCAGGUCUUGCUCCACAGAAUCAAGAAGAAUGGAGGAGAAGAAUGAAGGGAGAAGGAAGAACUCCUAGAGUGUUACCAUUUCUAAGGAACCUUAAACUGGAUGCCAAGGUUUCUGAACAUAAUGAAUGACUCCAGGGCUGUAGUAGAAGAGAUAUAAAACUUAGAAUCCUGUUAUCCAUCAUUUCCUGGGUAUAGAGGAAAAUGAUUGAGCCUCAGGAAUUGGUGACACUGGAAGAUGUGGUUGUGAAUUUCACCUUGGAGGAGUGGCAGCUCCUGGAUCCUUCUCAGAAGAAUCUGUACCAGGAUGUGAUGUUGGAAAAUUAUAAUAAUCUGGUCUCAGUAGGGUUUCAAAAUAUCAAACCACAUGCACUCUCUAAUUUGGAGCAAGGAGAAGAACUGUGGAUGAUAGAAGAUGAAGUCCAGAAUGGACCAUGUUCAGAAAUCGGGAAAGUUGAUGGCCACCUGCAGGAGUACUCUCAAACCCAAAGAUUCCUGAAGAGUAUGCAUCAAUGCAGUGAUCAGAAUGCAUUUAAAAAUAUCACUCAUUUCAGCAAAACACAUUUUAUUCUACUGCAAAAGCACGAUACAAUUUUGAAAUCAAGAUUAGGUUUAGUUAACCAGAAGAGAAGACAUGAAAUAAAUAACCCUGUUGGUUUUAAUGAAGGUGAGAAAAUCUACCUACACGAUAAAGAUGAACAUACAUUUACUGAAAUGAAACUCACUGAAAGUACAAAAUGCAUAGGUAUUAAAUGUCAAGCGUUCAAACAUCAGAAGACUCAAAAAAUUGAGAAACCCCUUGCAUACACUGAAGGUGAGAAAACCUUCACCAGAAAGUCUCUGCUCCCUUAUCAUGGGAGCAUUCAUACAGGAGAGAAACCUGGGAGUGGUCAAGGUGAGAAAUCAUCCAGAAGUGUCCUAACCACUAAGCAUCAGAGGACUCAUGUAGGAGACCUUCCUUGUGUACUCAGCGAGUCCAGGAAGGGUCCUGCUGUGAAGAGCAGCCUCACUGUCAGUGAGCAGUCCCAGACAGGAGAGAAAUCCUAUCUAUGCAGUGAGUGUGGAAAGGGCUUUACAAUGAAGCGCUAUCUAAUUGCUCAUCAGCGAACUCACAGUGGAGAGAAACCUUUUGUAUGCAGUGAAUGUGGAAAAGGCUUCACUGUGAAGAGCAAUCUCAUCGUCCACCAGCGAACUCACACAGGGGAGAAACCCUAUAUAUGCAGUGAAUGUGGAAAAGGCUUCAUCAUGAGGCGCUAUCUAGUUGUGCAUCAGCGAAUUCACACUGGAGAGAAACCCUAUGUUUGUAAUGAAUGUGGAAAAGGCUUUACUGUGAAGAGCAAUCUCAUUGUGCAUCAGAGAUCUCAUACAGGGGAAAAAUCCUACAUAUGCAGUGAGUGUGGAAAAGGCUUCACUGUGAAACGCACUCUCAUCAUACAUCAGCGGACUCACACAGGAGAAAAAUCCUAUAUAUGCAGUGAGUGUGGAAAAGCCUUCACCACCAAGCGCACUCUUGUUAUACACCAGCGAACUCAUACAGGAGAGAAACCCUAUGAAUGCAAUGAAUGUGGUAAAGCCUUCAGCCAGAAGAUAUGCCUCAUACAACAUGAGAGAUGUCACACAGGAAAGACUCCCUUUGUAUGUACUGAGUGUGGGAAAUCCUAUUCACACAAAUAUGGCCUCAUUACCCAUCAGCGAAUUCACACAGGAGAGAAGCCCUAUCAGUGCAGUGAAUGUGGGAAAGCCUUCACUACAAAGUCGGUGCUCAAUGUACACCGAAGAACUCAUACUGGAGAGAGGCCCUACGGAUGCAGUGAUUGUGAGAAAGCCUUCUCCCACUUGUCGAACCUUGUUAAACACAAGAAAAUGCACACCAGAGAAACGGAUCGAUUCAUUCAAGUUGAAAAUUCUUUUAAUAGAGAGUCACAGCACAUCACUUAGGAGUGAACUCAUGCAUCCCCAAAACACUGUGCAGGGUGGAAAUGUCUUCUGUGGCAACUCAGACUUCACUAAACAUCUGUGUCUCUGGCCGAUUGGAAUGUAAUCACGGCACAGCCAACUGGGUGCCCUCAGAAGGAUCUUCCCAGGAGAUAUGCCUGGUUGCAGUAAAUAUGAUAGUGCCUUUGGUGAUCCUUUACCUCUCAUUUUCUGUCAAUAAAAACAGAUAAACUCAGA